GGUCCGGGUCUGAGCUGGCAGAGAUGGACCGGGGAAGAGCCAGGGUCCUCCCAGCAGGACCCCACUGCCUCUCCCUGGGAGCGUGGACCUCUGAGGCCCGCAGUGGUAGAUCUUCUGUGCCACCCUCCCGCAGCAGAAGCCGGGCCAUGGUGAACGAGGCUCAAGGGAAUGGCGGCCUCAACCCCCGCUCAGAGGGCAGCAGCAGUGGCAGCGAGAGUUCCAAAAAUAGUUCGAGGUGUUCCACCCCUGGCCUGGACCCGGAGCGGUGUGAGAGACUGCGGGAGAAGAUGCGACGGAGGAUGGAGUCUGGGGACAGGUGGUUCUCCCUGGAGUUCUUCCCACCUCGGACUGUUCAGGGGGCUGUCAACCUCAUCUCCGGGUUUGACCGGAUGGCAGCAGGCGGCCCCCUCUUCAUAGACGUGACCUGGCAUCCGGCAGGAGACCCCGGCUCGGACAAGGAGACUUCCUCCAUGAUGAUUGCCAGCACUGCCGUCAACUACUGCGGCCUGGAGACUGUGCUGCACAUGACCUGCUGCCGGCAGCGGCCGGAGGACAUCACAGGCCACUUGCAUAAAGCCAAACAGCUUGGCCUCAAGAACAUCUUGGCGCUGAGAGGAGACCCCAUUGGUGAGCAGUGGGAGGAAGAGGAGGGAGGCUUCAACUACGCCGUAGACUUGGUGAAACACAUCCGGAGCGAGUUUGGGGAUUACUUUGACAUCUGUGUGGCAGGUUACCCCAAAGGCCACCCCGACGCAGAGAGCCUUGCGGCCGACCUGAGGCACCUGAAGGAGAAGGUGUCCGCGGGUGCCGAUUUCAUCAUCACACAGCUCUUCUUCACGGCAGACACGUUCUUCAGCUUUGUGAAGGCUUGCACCGAGAUGGGCAUCACGUGCCCCAUUCUACCUGGCAUCUUUCCCAUCCAGGGCUAUCACUCCCUGCGACAGCUCGUGAAGCUGUCCAAGCUGGAGGUGCCUCAGGAGAUCAAGGACGUGAUUGAGCCGAUCAAAGACAACGAUGCCGCCAUCCGCAAUUAUGGCAUUGACCUGGCCGUGAGCCUGUGCCAGGAGCUCCUGGCCAGUGGCCUGGUGCCAGGCCUGCACUUCUACACCCUCAACCGUCAGGUGGCCACCACGGAGGUGCUGAAGCGCCUGGGCAUGUGGACCGAGGACCCCAGGCGUCCCCUGCCCUGGGCUGUCAGUGCCCAUCCCAAGCGCCGGGAAGAAGAUGUGCGUCCCAUCUUCUGGGCCUCCAGACCCAAGAGUUACAUCUACCGCACCCAGGAGUGGGACGAGUUCCCCAAUGGCCGCUGGGGUAACUCCUCUUCCCCAGCCUUCGGGGACCUGAAGGACUACUACCUCUUUUAUCUGAAGAGCAAGUGCCCCAAGGAGGAGCUGCUGCAGAUGUGGGGGACCGAGCUGACCAGCGAGCAAAGCGUCUUCGAAGUUUUUGUUCGCUACCUCUCGGGAGAGGCAAACCAGCAUGGCUACAAAGUGACGUGCCUGCCGUGGAAUGAUGAGCCCCUGGCGGCCGAGACCAGCCUCAUGAAAGAGGAGCUGCUGCGUGUGAACCGGCAGGGCAUCCUCACCAUCAACUCCCAGCCCAACAUCAACGGGAAGCCAUCCUCUGACCCCGUCGUGGGCUGGGGCCCCAGCGGGGGCUAUGUCUUCCAGAAGGCCUACCUGGAGUUCUUCACCUCCCGUGAGAUAGCGGGGGCCCUCCUGGAGGUGCUGAAGAAGUACGAGCUCCGAGUUAACUACCACAUCGUCGACGUGAAGGGUGAGAACAUCACCAACGCGCCUGAGCUGCAGCCCAACGCGGUCACCUGGGGCAUCUUCCCGGGGCGAGAGAUCAUCCAGCCCACAGUGGUAGACCCCAUCAGCUUCAUGUUCUGGAAGGAUGAGGCCUUUGCCCUGUGGAUUGAACAGUGGGGCAAGCUGUACGAGGAGGAGUCCCUCUCCCGCACGAUCAUCCAGGACAUCCAUGACAACUACUUCCUGGUCAACCUGGUGGACAAUGAAUUCCCGCUGGACAACUGCCUGUGGCAGGUGGUGGAAGAUGCUUUCGAGCUCCUGGGCAGGCCCAUGCGACAGGAAGCGGGAGCAGAGGCUCCAUGACCCUCGGCUCGGCCGCUUAGCCCCACCUCCCUCCUUGUCACAGCUUUCCUUCAGCCGUCCCCAAGCCCUGGUCUCUGCUUCCCUCGUGACAAUCAUGAUGGCAGCUAGAUUGGCCUGGGCCUUCAGGCUCUGGCUGGACCGGAGCCAGCCCUGCAGGAAGCUUGGUGGCCUUGUGGGGAGAGACGUUACUGCACCUCCCGUCCCUGGGAAUAUGGCUGCUGGGCCCUGUUGGCUCGGGGCGGAUGAGGCAUGGCUUCCCUGCUGUUCUCACUGGUCCUAGCUUGCUGCUGCACAGGCCCUUGGCUGAUGCUGGCUGGUUCUAGGGUAUCCUGCCACCUGUACCUGAGGGGUACCUGAGGGAUCAGCUGGCCGUCUCUGCCCUUUUUUCGUGCUGCUGUCUGAGCCCUGCCUGCAUUAUGAUGGCUCAAGGGAAAGUGUCUGUCCCUUCACGGUUAAAGGUUACCUGAACCUUUGUGCUGGGCAGAAGCCUUGGCCUUCCCUUCCCCCUAGUCGUGGAAGGAUGGGUACGCCUGUCCAUGGCAGAUGAGCUUCCCUGAGCCAAGCCCAGCUCCGAGCAGGACUCUGGCAGCCCUGCUCCUGCCUGCUGCUCAGUCCUCGGCCUAGCCUGUCACGGGUGUUGUCUGCCUGGCCCUGCGGCAGGACAAGGAUGGGGAAUGGAGGGAGGGAGGGGAAGGGUGGAUGCACACACCAGUGUGGAACUUCCGCUUCCCUUGCAGACCCAGCUGGCUGUGGCCCAGGCAGUCUUGUACGCAUCUGAGUGAGAGAAGCAGUGAGAACCUGGGGGAUCUUUUAUUAUCCUUUGGCGCUCCAGAGGCUGGUCCCUGUGCCAGCCCACCCCCAGGUGGGUGGGACACAGCACCUUCCCUAAAAGCUGGGCUUGGUUCUGCUUGUGUUUUACAGGAACAAGUCCCCGUGGUGACUGCAGGCCCCCCAUUCAGCUUCAAGCCUGCCGCCCCCGAGGCUGGGCAGCUCCAGCCUGCUCAAGGCUCCCAGGCUGCUGGGAGAGGACGCCUGUCCUCCGGCCCAGCUGUUAGGUGCCAGUGUGACUUCGCAAAGGCCUGGAGUCAGGGACAAGGUGGAAGGGCUACUUGUCUCCACCUCUGUCCAGAGCCAGAGGAACACCUAUGCCCAUAGCAUUCUGUCCCCCUGGUGGGGAAGGUAAGGGUGGGGCAGAACGGGCCUCUGUUCAGGUCCAGUGCAGAGGUCUGGGGAGAGGUCUGGCCGGUGCUCUGGGAGGCUGCCAGAGGGAGUGGUCACUUGGGACCCAGGCCUGCUUCAGGCUGCUGCGAGCAAUCUCAGGACAGCGGCCACACCUUGUUCCUGACCAAGGGAGCGAGUGAGACUGGAUUGAAUGCAGGGUCUCUGAUCAGGGGCUGCAGGAUCCACGUUGUGUGGUCUCUAAGCCAGCCUGCCCCCGCCCUUGAAACCAAAGGUGCCCUGGUGGCAGCGAGCGGGAACCCUUCGGUUUAGCAGUGGCACUGGUUUGGGGAAGAGCAGGCAGGGGCCGCCCCCUCCCUGCCCCCGGUACCUGGGAAGGAACCAGCUGUCCUCUUGCUGCUGUAGCCGCCGAGCCACCCGCAGCCUCACGGCUUGGUGCCGCCACGUCUGCCAGGCCCAACCCAGAUACCACUGCCGAAGCUGUGGGGACAAUUGGCAGAGAAAGGCUCCUGCCUCAUGCUUCCCAGCCCCCAGCUCCUGCCGCCUCUGCUGCUCCUGCUGGGCCUGGAGGUAGAGGGAUGUGACAAGUUGAGUGUCCACCAAGAAGUGUGUUAGUGGUGGUUCCUGGCCUAGAGACACUGGUUCUAGGGGCUUGGGUUGAGGGGAGCAUGGGACGGGGUGUGCCCUAGAACCCCAUUCAGUGUGGGUCAGAGGGGCCACAUCCACUCACCAGGGUCCGUCCCAGCUGCUGUGUCCCUCGAGCAUCCACCCAGCGCUGCCAGGCAGCUGCCAGGCACCUGAUCCGCCAGGCAGCUUGGUGCUGGCUAAGCAGAGCUUCAAGCUGCCCUCGCUGAGCAUGCUGCUGCCUGUCUGCUGAGUGCCUCCGGACCACUUCGUGACCAGGGAAGAGGGCUGGGCCACUGGCCGGGGCCUGCGCCUCCCGGAUCCUGGGGGCGGAAGAGGGCUCAGUUCCGAUCUCAGACAAGCUCCUCGCUGCUCUGUCCA